CCAUCGAUGCAUAAUCCUCUCUCUCUUACACUGAUAUUAGCAUGAGACAUUCACAGUUACACUACAAUCUAACUUUUUAUCUCACUUUCCCGAUAUAGAAACUGUCCACUUUCUUUCUUUCUUCUUCAUCUUCUUUCCCUUCAAACCCUAGCUCACAUCAAUAUUCUUAUUUCUCCCGAACAAGAUUUGAAAAAAAAAAAAAAAAAAAGAUAAAGAAAAAGAAAAAGGUAAAAAUGGGUCGUGGAAAGAUUGAGAUCAAACGGAUUGAGAACCACACCAACAGGCAGGUGACCUACUCGAAAAGAAGAAAUGGGAUUUUCAAGAAAGCUCAAGAACUCACUGUUCUAUGCGAUGCCAAGGUGUCGCUUAUCAUGUUCUCUAGUACUGGAAAAUUCCACGAGUACAUUAGCCCUUCCACCUCGACUAAGAAGAUCUUUGACCUGUAUCAGAAAACUUCAGGGAUCGAUCUAUGGCAAACACACUACGAGGCAAUGCAGCAAAACUUGAAGCAACUGAAAGACAUUAACUAUAAACUGAGGAGGGAUAUCAGGCAGAGGCUGGGUCAUGAUCUGGAUGGCGUGACCUAUGAUGAGCUCCGAAGUCUUGAGGAAAGCAUGCAUUCUUCCUUGGAAGCCAUACGUGACAGAAAGUACCACAAGAUCAAAACUCAGACAGAGACUUGCAAGAAAAAGGUAAACAGCUUACGGCAAAGACAUGUAAAUCUCAUGCAGAGCUAUCAAGCAAAAUGUGAGGAUCCACCGUAUGGGUUAGUGGACGACAACGACGAAGACUAUGAAUCAGCGGUUGCAUUGGCAAAUGGAGCCUCCAACCUAUAUGCUUUCCGCCACCAACCCCACACCCACACUCACCCUAAUAUCCAAAACGGUGUCGGAUUUGGUUCCUACGAUCUGCAUGACCUGCGCCUUGCUUGAACAAGUGGCAAGUAGCUGCCUCUUUUCCGAUUCAGAAGUAUAUAUAUAUAUAUAUAUAUAUAUAUUCCAGCUACAAUGCUAUCUUAGUGUUUGAUACAUAUAAAAAAAUGGCUAUCAUAGUGAUGCAUAUGUGCUAUCUAAUUAAACAAUAUAUAUAUUUGCUCUCUCGACUAAUAUAUGGGCGUGAUGGAUUUCGGAUCCUUCUUUUAGUUA